CCGCAGCUUCCCAUUGUCCACUUACAGCAGCCCAAGGCCCCGAGCUGCGCGGACCGGCAUGCAACGCCAUCAUCACACGUACCGCUGCCGACCGACUUCCAUCCCUCAUCUUACUUAUGUUCUCCCCGACUCCAGCCCCCCCUCUCUCCUUCUUAUGAACAUCAAAACCAGCGCUGACCGGCACAGUCAUGGUAUCGACAUCAACACUAUUUGCCGUCAGAUCGAGUAAUGUCAGCGCGUCCGGUUCAUCUACGGCAUCCCGCGUCACGACCUGAAAAAUAAAUACCGCCAACAGUACCUACCACAGCACCGUACAGUACGGAUUCCAGCUACUCAAAACUACCUCUACCACGACUAGUCAUGAAUUGACUACGAAAGCACCCUUCUUUUUUACUAUCUUGAUAGCCCUUGAGGGGAUCUACCAGCCGACAAAGCUCUUGCCGCAUUUUCCCUCCGCUAAUCUCUUGCUGACCUGAGUCGAAAUCAAAAAUACGGCGCAAGCGAGCGAGUACAACUUCAAAGGAUACGACAGAACGACACUCCUUCGGCUAUCACUCGCUCUGGAGCUGGAGUUGGAGCCCCAACCUAAGCUGUCUCACCGACCCCUGAACAUAGCUCUUCUCCAGCUUUCGCCGCAGCCCCUGCACCCCCUUUCGACCCCGCCAGUUUCGGACAGAGAUAUAGACCGAGAUGUCCUCAGAGUCAGGGUUCGGGGGCUUCCCCCCGGGAAUAACCGACGAUGGUGAUGAUAAUAACAACCACCCUUGGGUCUGGGUGAUGAUCCCCGUCGGCCUCGUCAUCGUACUGGGUGGUUUGGCCCUCUGUCUUCACAUCCGCCGACGCAAACAACUCCUCGGUAACCACAAGACUUCUCGUGUUUCUACCUCGGCACGACGACCUUCGGCCCACCAAGCAUCGAUAAGCCACAGUCGUGACGGGCAGCUUCAGUUCGGAGUUCGUGAGGUCGAUGCCCCUUCGUUGGCAUUGAUCGAGCGUGAUCUUCAGGAGUCUUGGGUGCGUGGGGCGCCGACACAGCGACGUAACAAUACUGGCUCGAGAUCAGGAACUGGGGGCGGGACAUGGGGUGGUUCUCGGUCGACGGCGAUGAGGAGAUGGGACUGGGCAGGUAUCUUCAGACCCGAGGAAGGACUAAAUGAACUGGGCGAGGCACCGCCGCCAUAUGAGAAGCAGCCGGUUGCGGAAGAAGGUGGCGAUGUUGAUCUUGAAGCGGGUGGAAAUAGUUAUCAUGGCUAUGGAAACGAAGCGUCGGCGAGUCCAGCCGCGAGGGUAGGAAUAGCGGCAGGUUCCGCCGUCGGCGAAGGAACGAGUAGUGCUGCGUACGUCGGUGUAGAAACGCGAAACAUGGCUUCCUGGAAUCACCAUACCACCUUCUCGCAGCAAAUUCUAUCAUCGCCACCGUCGGGGAUACAGACAAGUUUACAGCCACCCCCACCGGUACAUUACUACCAUCAGGACGGAUCUGAUAUAGACAGCCAGAGUCACCUGAGCCACCUGAGCCAGCCAGGAUAUAGUAGUGUCGGCACCAGCCUGUUGAGCACCAGCAUAACCCAGAGCACCGCCACCACGGCGCCGACAUCUCCAAGCAUGACUAGGUAUCCCUCCCCCAGUCCGGGACACAGUACCAUCUACAGCCCGGCGCCCCAAAUGACAGAUCAAGAUCAGGUACCACCACCUGCAUAUGAAGAGACGCCUCCCCUGUCGAUAAUGGGAACGGGGACCAACUCUCCAUCGCAGCAGCCUACUACUAAUGGUGAAACAAGUCCAGAGCAGCAUGGCGAUCCUGCUACUGUUUUUUCUGCCACCCCCUCUCCUGCCGCCGCUCCCACAUUUGAGGCGGCGGCGGUCACUUCUGCGUCAGCCUUAGGGGCAGCUUCUCCCUCCCUUCCACCUGACCUAUCGUUUGGAUCAUCUAACAAUGGCAAUAAUAACGCCUCCAUUACACGUCAGUCUUCGUCACAGUCUGGUGUGCCACCGCAUUAUUAAAACCCUUUGAGGUUCCUUCUUUCCCGUUCCGUCCCUUGAGCUGAAGGGUUUGGUCAACUUGGAACGGGCGUUGUGAGGGAAGCAUGUGGAACAAGCUGACGUUCUACAAGCUCGUUACUGUCUUUCUCCGUCGUGAUUUUGUGUCAAGAUGACAAGGAUCUACUUGGCAAAUCGAAGCGAGACGCAGCUCACAGGGUAUUGGGGAAAUGACACUCGCAACUGCGACUGAUGGGAGGAACCAGCAGAGCAGCUUUGAAGGCGGACAAAAAGCGACCUCCAUGAGAACAGAUCUUCGGAAGGGUAUCUGGCGUGGCAUACGGCGAAUGGGACAGCAAUUAAGGAUGGUGUAAUGCCACGGGAGUGAUGGGGAAUGGUUACAAACCAUGGCAAAGGGGGAAAAAAGGGUACAGGAGGGCAAAGAGACGAAGGUAAAACAGAACCUUGACCGCCAACCUUGCCUGGCUCACAAAAUCUAACUUGGUAAUGUAAUGAAAUGACAACAACAAACACAAGGCGAUAACAUGAAAAUGACAAGAAC